AUGACAGUUAUAAAGGACUUGGGGUUGUACAUGACACCAUCCUUGGAUCCAGGUAUACAUAUCACCAAGACUUGUGCUAAAGCCAAUCGUAUUCUGGGGUUCAUUUCCCGAACAUCAAGAAACGCCCUAUCUCCUGCAACAUUGAAGACCCUCUACGUGACUCUUGUUCGUCCCACUGUUGAAUAUGGUUCUACUGUCUGGGCUACCCACCAGAUUGGACAUUGCGACCAUCUAAAUAAAGUUAAGAGACGUUUUCUGCGAUUGGUAGGAGUUAGAAGUGGCAUCCGUUAUCCUGAUGUUGAUAUACAGGUUAUUGCAAGCCAACACCAGAUCCUUUCGCUUUCAUCUAGAAGAGUGGCUCUUGACUUUAUAUUUCUAUUCAAGAUUGUCAAUAGUUUGGUUGAUUGCCCUGAGCUCCUGCGUCACAUAGACCUCCAUGUACCUGCCGCAACCCGCCUUCUGCAGCCUUUCUCCAAGCACUCACACCGGAUUGUCUACAGUACGCCUACCAGAGUGUAA